AUGGCGACUGCCGACCAGGCUCUAGGGCCUCCACUCGCUCAGCCUCAACCCGAGCAGCAGACAAACAAGCUCCCCUACAAGGACAACAUAGCGGCGGCCUUCGACCACUUCUGGAUGAGAUGGUGGGACAUAACACAGACCCGAGCAACCACAAAGACCUCUCGACCGCCCACCAGAUUACCUGCACAGAGCCCGGCACCGAAGCACACAGCCAAGCCAAUGACCGGGGCACGGCGGCAGGAGGUGAGGGGAGCUAAACCCAGACCUCAAGGCCGCACGUCGCAUACCCGAAGUCGUCAACCCGAGCGUCGUCAGCAUCGGAGAGCAACACUCCACAGCCCGCCGCUGCUUAAAGCAAAAAGGAGGCACACCCGACGGGCCAACACCCGGUCCACAGCAGACGGUGCAAAGAGGGCCUGUCAGCACAUCAUCCACCAGCGGCGCUGCAAAGCCGCAACUAGCUCUCAGAAGGACUUUGACCCCACGUUCAACAGAAAUUCAGAGACACUUACCCGCAGAGCGGUGGCAGGAGAAGGAAAACCACUGAGCCGCCACAGUAGUGUCGGUGUCCCCGCCAUCCAAAGCACUCACGUGGGUCUGGGAAACAAUGGUGGAGACCCUCCACAUCUUCUGACGCGAGGCUCUGAGGAUCCAUGGGACUUUCCAGUAUGUGCCCUGCCAGAGCCGACUACAGGAGUCGGCUGA